ACUUUUACAAUUUAUUGAUUUUUCUGAGGUUAAAAUGAUUUUUUUCUGAAAAUUGUACUUGAAACAAAACCCACUAAUUUUUCAUUAAAUUCAAUAGUUGAACAGAGUUGCUGAUUAAAAGAAUUUUUCAAUGAAACUGAAUUACUUCUUGAAUUUGUAUUAAUCAAUCGUCGCGUGAACAAUUGCCAUUCGAAGUGCUCAUUAACGUUAUUGCCGUGCGCCGAUUUUGUUAUCGAAGCCAAAUAAUUUUGACCCUCUUUUUUGUGAUCGUUCAAUUAUUUACAUAUAAGAAUGAAUUUGGCACGUGGAUUUUUCGCGUGCAAAUUCAGCUAGAAUUUGAGCCGCCUGACUCAUUGUACUGUGUGGCUGGUGGCAAAAAGACACAUGUGCAUUCAAUUGCGUAAAUUAGUAUUCACAGCUGACAAUAAUAAUAUUAAUUUACAUAGGCAAUAACAUCAUCACAAAAUCAGUCCAUUCCACGAAGUAUUUUCUGCGAACGUUUCAUUAUUUCUUUGCCUGUUCACAGGUGAAAUAGCUUUUCAAAUUCGUAAUCGCCACACAAUUAUCAGAUUUCAAGCGAAUCAGUCGCAUUCUUACUUUAAUUUUAUUCAUUUUGAUUUCUUUUUGACAAUUUCCAAAAGCGAAAUAUUUGAAGUGAUGUGUUGGCUUUGGAUUGUGAUGAUAUUUUCAUCGUUGUAUUUACUCGCCGAUGCGAGCAGAUCGUCAAGGAAUACCAAAAAUGAAACUGUGACUUCUAAUGAGCCAAAAUUGAUAUUUGCACAUGUUAUUUUUCGACACGGUGAUCGCAACCCACUUUCAACGUAUGCCAGCGAUCCGAAAUCCAAUUGGCCCGGUGGACUGGGAGCAUUAACCAAUCUUGGAAUCGAACAAGAAUAUGAGCUAGGAAAAUAUUUACGAAGAAGAUAUGCUUCACUCCUUGGAGAUGGUCAUUAUUCAAAUGAUAACGUGUAUGUUCAAAGCACCGAUGUAGACCGAACACUGAUGAGUGCAGCAGCAAAUCUGGCUGGACUUUUUCCACCCGAUGACAACCAAGUGUGGAAUCGUGACAUAAACUGGAGGCCAAUACCAAUCCAUUCAAUCCCAUUAGACUUAGAUUACGUUCUAUAUGUGGGAAAACCUUGUCCACGCUAUGAUCACGCAAUGGAAGAGUAUUUAAAUUCCUCAGAACACGCCAAUCUCAUAGCGAAAUACAAAGAGAUGUUCACUUACUUGGAAGAGAAUAGUGGCGUUCAAAUUCGCACAUUUGACGACGCACAACUUCUGUACAACACACUUUGGAUUGAAAAUCAGAAAAACAAAGGUUUACCCCUUUGGGCGGAGGAAGAGUUUUUGGAGAAAAGUGACUUUGAAUGGGUUGCAAAUCAUUAUUUUCAAAUUCCAACCAAUACAUCAUUGUUGGCUCGUCUAAGCAAUGGAUUUUUUAUUCGAGAAAUCUUGGAGCAUUUUGAGCAGAAAAUAAACGGAAGUCUAUCACCAAACCGUUCUCUAUUUCUUUAUUCAGCCCACGAUUCAACCAUAGCCAAUGUUUUGAAUAGCCUGGGCCUUUUCGAUCCACACAAUCCACCGUAUGCGUCGAGUGUCUAUUUUGAGUUGUACCAAUCAAACGAUGAGUACUACAUGCAAAUAGUCUACAGAAAUACAAGCGACGAGAAUCCAUUACCAUUGGAAAUCCCAAAUUGUGGCACGAAAUGUACGUUAAAGCAAUUCAAGAGCAUCUACAGUGCAAUCAUACCAACUGAGACGUUUGAAGAAGAAUGCCAAUUACCGUUGUAUUUGCGAAUUUUGGAAGGAAAUGACAUUAUCGUAUCGUAUCAAUGGGUCAUUGUUAUGAUUUGUAUUGUUUGUCUGAUGCCGUUUGUGGCAGUCAUCUCAUGGAAGCUAUUAUCACGGAACCGAGGCAAUAUCGUCAUGGAAAAUGAUAAUCUGAAAUAUUUAUAAAAUGCAUACGAUCAGCACACUUGACUGCAAAUCGCUUAUCGUUUGCAUAAAGUUCAUUCAUUUUCUGCCAUUCUAAAAAUACCCAUUGGUAGCGAAAGUUUAAUCUCAUCAUGAGAUUCUCAAGCCCGUGCUACUCAGCUUCAUUUUCCUAUUAGAAUAGAAUUUUUAUCACUUGUGCAUGUGUUAUUUGAUGACGCUUAAAGAAUAAAUUCAUCACCAACAAAAAA